AUGGCUCGUACAAAGCAGACUGCAAGGAAAAGUACCGGAGGUAAAGCUCCUAGGAAGCAGCUGGCCACCAAAGCUGCACGUAAAAGCGCACCAGCAACCGGAGGUGUUAAAAAACCUCAUCGUUACAGACCAGGUACUGUUGCUCUGAGAGAAAUUCGUCGUUAUCAGAAAUCAACGGAAUUGCUUAUCCGCAAAUUGCCUUUCCAGCGCUUAGUUAGAGAAAUUGCUCAAGAUUUUAAGACCGAUCUCCGAUUUCAGAGCUCGGCAGUUAUGGCUCUUCAGGAAGCCAGCGAAGCUUACCUCGUAGGAUUGUUCGAAGAUACCAACUUGUGCGCCAUUCACGCCAAGAGAGUCACCAUCAUGCCUAAAGACAUUCAGCUGGCCCGUCGUAUUCGAGGAGAGAGAGCUUAAAAUCAUAAUUUGUUAAAAGUAAA